GAGUAAGUUCUACUAACUUAAGCCAGGCCAGGUUCGUCCUAAAACGAGAUCGAAGCGCAUCUCGAAUAUAUAUGCUGUUAUUUGGUCCUUAAAGUCUGCGAUGUUGGCGUCGAUGGAGACUUCAUAGCGGAUGACCGAGACCUGUCCCGGGCGAUGAUAACCUCUUUUCCUUGUACCUUUCGCCAGGUCAUUCCGGUUGCGGCUUUUGGGAGAUAUAAUUAGUGCUAGCCCCCGUGUCCAGAAUUGCGAGAGUCUUCGGAUUCUGUCAUGACAUUCAGGUGUGGCCUGGGAUGUUUUUCCGAGGGGACGUUUUUUCGCGUUCUUCGGUGCUUGCGAAAAUCGAAUGUGUCAUCCUAUACGCGACGGGCAAUCGAUGCCUUCCCCUGGUCCUUCGCAGCUGAAAACAAAAAAAGUGGGGUUAGGGUUUCGCCCAUUGUUUCUUCUCAUGCGAUGUCUUCCUUGCACCCGUUCCCGAACAUAGUUUCCUACCUCUUCCUGACACCUCUUUCAAACUUUUCCAUUGCUUUAUUUGAGGCCAUAUUUGGUUCUUCCAAGAUGAGGUCCUGGAACUUGUCGACGUAGUCCUCUACUGAUCCGAUUUGGUGGUGGACAGCCAGUCUAUCGCGAGCCAUGCGGAGGUUUUGGACCGGUUUGAAGGCCUUCCGCAGCUCUUCUUUGAACUCGACUCAAUCUUCUGGUACUUCGCUGAUCGUUUCUUGUCUUAUUAGCCAGUCUUGCUCGACGAUAACAUCAAACUUGCGGAUUGGUAAA